GCCAUGGGGAAACAGAACAGCAAGCUCCGUCCCGACGUCAUGCAGGACCUGAUGGACAACACCGACUUCACCGAGCACGAGAUCACCGAGUGGUACAAGGGCUUCCUGCGGGACUGCCCCAGCGGCGCCCUGUCCAUGGAGGAGUUCAAGAAGAUCUACGCCAACUUCUUCCCGUACGGCGACGCCUCCAAGUUCGCUGAGCACGUAUUCCGCACGUUCGACGCCAACGGCGACGGCACCAUCGACUUCCGGGAGUUCAUCAUCGCGCUGAGCGUCACGUCCCGCGGUCGCCUGGACCAGAAACUCAAGUGGGCCUUCAGCAUGUACGACCUGGACGGGAACGGUUAUAUCAGCAAGGCCGAGAUGCUGGAAAUCGUCACGGCCAUUUACAAGAUGGUUUCCUCAGUGAUGAAGAUGCCAGAGGACGAGUCGACGCCCGAGAAGCGUACGGAUAAAAUCUUCAGGCAGAUGGAUACCAAUCGGGACGGUAAAUUGUCCCUGGAGGAGUUUGUAGAGGGCGCCAGGAACGACCCGUCCAUUGUGCGGCUGCUGCAGUGUGACCCCAGCAGUGCCGGCCAGUAA